CCCAUCAUGCAUUGCGACGCGGGUCAUUAAAAAUGGUGUCAAAGCAGCAACAGCAACAUGAGUUGAAAUUUUGACUUUGAUUCUGCAUCAGAAAAAAGCAAAUAAAUCACAAAGUGAAUCUGAAAAUGGCGUCAGAUGAAGAAAAUAAUCUAGAAGAAUUGCUUGGCCGUGUUUCUGAUAAGCUAGGCUGGGGACACAUUCAACAAAAAGAUGUGAAAACAGCGUUCCGUAAGCAGCCAUCGGAAAAUGGAAAUCACAAGAAGAAAAAGUCUGUCCGGAGCAGCUCUAAGAAAGUACCAAGAAAAUCAAGGAAGGAUACCAGCUCCUCAUCAGACAAGGAAAACAGCAUCAAGAAUAGGCACCAUCACAAAGCAGUUUCGGAGAGUAAUUCAAAAGCUGAAAUCAACUGCAGAGGUCGUCUGGAAUUAUCAACCAGUUCUUGCAAUGUACUGACUCAAAAUAAUGACUGUGACAAAAACGAUGAGGCAAAUCCUUCAAAGAGCAGUUUGGAAAGCUCUGCUGCCUCAAAGAAAGCAGGAAAAGAUUACAAAAAGGACUUUGAUUUGAACAGCAGUGUGUCUGAAGCUUACACAGCAGCUGAUGAAUCAAGUAAACAAGGUGAAAGUUUGAAGGCAUCAAAUGAAAAAGUGUCCACAGCGGAUGAGAAUGGGGCAGACUUCUUGAAUUCUGAAUCGUUUGAAAAUCCAUCACUCCUAUCAAGUGAUGAAGAUGACUUGGCCCGCAAAACUCUUGAUGAAGAUAGUCCUUCAGUUCCAAAACGUGAUGUUGAUGAACUGGAAGAACCAUUCUCACCACUUCAGCGCUACUCAGAAACCGCCCAACCGAUGACAUGGCUCCUGACUCCGCCCCCAAAAGAGAACCUUGUCAAGGCCUCGUCAUACUCGGCAGAGAAGAUCAGUAUGGUGGUGAUCAGCGAUUCUGAAUCAGAUUCUCCUUUUGAUUCAUAUGAUCUGGAUCACAAAAACCGUGAGGUCUCAUCUUCCACUACAAAGACAGACUGGGAAACGCAGUUCUCACCUGGGCAUGUAUGUCGUGACUCAGAGACUCCAGAUUUUAGUAAAGAUCCAUUCAAAGUCACACAAUCUGCAGAGAAGAUUACCACCGUGACCACAUUUAGCAGCAGUGAAUCCGACGCAGAAGAUGAUUCUGCGUGUAGUAGACAGGUGCUGAGCCUAACUGAGAGAUUGUCCAAGAAUUUCAAGCUGCAGAAGAGCAAACCGGUAUCAAAUGUUGAGGAUGGCCAUUCAGGGAAAGAUAUCAGCUGGACCAAGGGUGACAAAUCCAGAGAUGAUAACCAGAGAAUCUUACAGACUCCUAGAGCCCCACUGUACGCUAGCAGUGAUGAUGAUGAUGAUGAUGACUUUGAACAAUUUCUACAAGCUAUCAAAACUCCACACUGUGCACCUCCUUCAAGCCAGACACCAAAACCAACUGUGGAUGAAGACCAGUAUGAGAAAUCCUUCAUCGAUGACACGCCUAUUGUCGAUGAAGACAAUGACGAUGAUGAUGUUUAUUACUACAGACACAUCAAUUCAGACCAGAAGAUUUUCACUGACAAAAAGAAGGAGCAGGAAACAAAGACACAAUCAACCCCCUGGAAGUACCGUCUCCCGCAGUUCAGUGACAGUGAUGACGCUGAUGACAGUGUGUUUGCUACUCCAAAACCACCGGCAGCGAAAAAAAUCACACCUAGUGUUUUGUCAUCAUCAAAGAAGUUUAGACCCCCUAUCAGUCAGAAGAGGGACACUCCCACCACGGAACGUCCGACAGAUUUCAUGUCUUCCUUGGCCACACCUAAACAUGGCUGUAGUUCCUCCUCGCCCUACGUCAAUGACUUCAAGAAACACCGAGAGGCUCUAACUCAAAAGCUGUUUGGAAUUUAUAACAAAACUGUGUUUGACAACAAGCUUCCAUCAGAUUUCAGCAUCAAGUGGAACAAUCGCAUGCGCAAGACAGCAGGCUACUGUUACUAUACCAAGACCAAGCUGACUGGGCAGUACAGUGCACGGAUAGAACUCUCUGAGAAAGUCUGUGACACUGCAGAGAGACUGAGAGAUACAUUAGUCCAUGAACUCUGCCAUGCUGCUUGCUGGUUGAUAAACAGAGUCAAUGAUGGACACGGACGCUUCUGGAAAUACUGGGCAGCAAAAGCCAACCAUGCCCAUCCGUGUAUUCCAAUCAUCAAACGCUGUCACAGUUAUGAGAUCACCACCAAGUACAAGUACCAGUGCGUCACUUGUAAAACAACCAUCGGACGUCAUUCUAAAUCCAUCAAUACCUCCAAAUUCUGCUGCGCAUACUGCAAAGGAAACCUCGUGCUGCUGCCCUCUAUCAACAAAGACGGGAAAGUGUCCAAGGUGCGGACGCCCAACAAGUUCGCGAUGUUUGUGAAGGAGAAUUACGGCUCAGUGAAAAAGGAGAACGUGUCGAUGAAACACGCGGACAUCAUGCGACUUCUGAGUCAGGAUUUCUCCAAGAAAGCAACAAUCUCUGUUUGACUUAAUCUGAUGAAAACAGCAGAGAGAUCUGACAGAAGGAGAUAAAAUAAAAGUUUAAUAUUUACUUUUUGGGUUCUGAGGAGACGAGUGCUGUUAAUGAAAGAAAAUGCAAAAGUGUCUGGGAAGCAUCUUCAAGACAUCGCUUUUUUGUUCAGAAAUCGAGUUUGAAAAAAAUGACACUUUGUUUACUUGGCCUUCCAUAUUUUCAAUUUAAAUUGUCAAUACAUGUAGAUGUACCAGUUUUCCGUCACAAUAAUAAUGUUGCUGCUAAUAUUAGAUCAUGGAUAUUAUGCAAUUGAAUAAAUUAUAAAAUGUUAUCUACUGUGAUUAAAAUCAGGAGCAGUAAAAUUUAUUUAAAAAAAUAAGUGUUAUAAAUAGAAACCAAUUAACUGAUUUUUUCACAGACGAUUCAGUAGACUUUGAGGUCGAAAGUGGGGAAUUUUUGCAUACAUGAAUUUCUAUUUUUCCAAGAAGUUUGACGUUAUUUCUCAGUUAAAUUUUUAUAUUGAUGGGUUAAUUCAAUGUAAAAAAAUAUGUUUUGAUUAAGAAUUAUUAGUGAAAAUUUCAUAAUCUCAGCUAAUGUCAUUAAAAUUGUGUUUUGAAUUUUUUGUCUAUUUAAUGUUUAUCUCUAUUACAUGUUUAUGGUUUGUCAUGGCGUUUAUGAUUUCAUUAUUGGAAUAAUAACAUUAUUCUUGGACACAAAAGUAAGAUCUUCAACAUUUAAACAGGCUUUCUUUUCCUUGGUUCCCAACUGAUGUUUGACUUUUAUAGUUUAUCUAACUGUGUCAUUAUUUACAUGAUUGAUACCCAUAAUGGAUUUGUUCAAAAAUAUUAGUACUAGCGUCUUUAGUUAAUAAAAAAUUCAAGAGCAUCUUGGUAAAGAUA